AAAAAUAGAAUAAAAUACAGGAAAUAAAACUGUUUUACACAACUCAAAUUGAGUUACCAUUGGAAAACAAUAAAUAAACAACAACCUUGUUUAUAUAAAUGAAACGAGCCUAGUAUUUAUCUGUGGGAAUGAAGCAUCCCUCUACGGCGACACACCCUACGUUGACGAACUUCAUCCUAAUGACCUGUACGAACUGGUGCGCGAUCAGACCGAAGGACUUUGGAUCGUUCAGUUUUACCACACCAACGACCCAACUUCAGAGGACUACGUUUCGAAUUACUCCAUUGCUGCCAAAUCAAUGAGCGGAUAUGUUAGAUCAGCCGCAAUAAAUAUAGAAAAACACCCUCUGAUUCAAUUGGUGAUGAAAAUCACCCAAACACCAACGUAUGUUUUCUACGGAUACUACAAACACAUGCCUGAAUCUAAAAUCACUUUACUGGUCGUUGAUGAUCUUCACGAGGAGACCUCUAAGCAAUUGGUGCGCGUAUUUGAAGAACGCAGCGUGUAUCGUUUCAUCCACAACAAAAACAAUAUGGAAAUGGGUACUGCUGACUUAGAUUUAAACAUGAUGGCAUCAAAAAUACCAUGGUUAGUUGUUUUCUAUAAAAGAGAUCACCCACGAACACCACGCAUAGCUAAGAUUUGGGAGGAACUUGUAAGUAUGUUCCAUGAGAGGAUACAAUUUGGUAGUGUGAACAACCCGUUAUAUAAUGCCUUAUCAAUUGAUGAUGGCGAGUACCCGCUGGUUAAAUUUUAUCCGAAAGGUAACAAAGAAGAAAAGAACGCCGAAAACAUUACUGAAGACCUUUCCCUUGAACAUCUGACUAAAUACCUGGAUGAUAAGAUUAUGUCUACCAGGAUCAGACCACAACGCAUUGUAGAUAUACACUCUGUGGAACCUUGCCUGAAGAAGAAAUUUUGCAUUUUUGUUUUCCUACCCAAUGCAGUAGAAUAUCAAGGAAAUAGUUUGGCGGUGCUGUCAGAAGAGUGCAGCAAACAUGGUAGACGUGCAUGGGGCUGGUUCUGGACCUACUAUUAUGAACAACCUGACAUUGAAAGUGUUUUCAGCGUUUCAAAGCAAUCUGGAGUUUAUGGAACGGUCGCAGUGCUCAACGUCCAUGCUGCUAUGUACAUGAAAAUAUCAUUAGUGGAAGAAUUGAAUGCUAAGGUUUUAAAUGACAUCGUAGAAGCUAUCAAAGAUGACGCCGGGUUUACUUAUCAUGUUACAUCUAAAAAGAUUCCAGAGGUAAAAGUAAUCAACACUGAUGCUAAACGAGAUGAACUCUAAAAAAUGUACUUGUUGAUAAUUAAAUAAAGAAGUUGUGCGGUGAUUUUAUACAA